AUGUAUUCGCAGUUAACAUCCUUUCAAAAUUUAAAUUUCAAUCAGAAACAACGCAAAGGAGAUAUGGUUGGUCUUCAGAAUGGAUUAGAAGAUGUUGAGCUAGAACAAUCCAUCCCAAAAAGUGAAAAUGCGCCAGAAUUAUUCGAAAUAGAUGAUAGUGUGAUGGUGGAAUCACUCAUGCAAAGUGUAGAAUCACCAGUCAUUGACCUGCAAUACAAUGAAAUUGAUCAUGUUUGUACAUCGGAUAAAAAAAUAAUUGAAAUUUUGUUGAAAAAGUAUAAAGCGUAUAAAACUCCAUCAGAAGAAGGUGUCACUGUUUGGAUUGAGAUAUGGGUGCAGGAAGUAAAUUCAGUAAACGAAAUAACGUCCGAUUUUGACAUGGAUAUCUAUGUAACUGAGUUGUGGGUUGAUAAAGCACUCAGAUACGAUGAUAUGAAUCCAUGCAAAUAUAAUUUAUCACUUAGCAACGAAAUUUUAGAUCAAAUUUGGAAGCCUAAUACGGUGUUCAUUAAUAGCAAAUCAGCAAACAUACACAAAUCACCUUUUACGAAUCUUUUCCUCAUGAUUUAUUCAAAUGGCACUGUGUGGGCUAAUUACAGAGUACAGGUAAAAGGUCCAUGUCAAAUGGAUUUUACUUCCUUUCCAAUGGACGAACAGACAUGCUUACUAACAUUCGAAAGUUUCAGUUACAACAAUCAGGAAGUUGACAUGAGAUGGAUCAGUACUAAAGAACCAUUAAUAUUGCUGAAAGAUCAAAUAAUUCUGCCCGAUUUUGUACUUAGCAGUUAUAACACAUCUAUUGAACUUGUGACAUAUCCUGCUGGUAUUUGGAAUGAGUUAACAAUGACAUUUACAUUUACUAGACGUUAUGGGUGGUAUAUAUUUCAAGCAUACGUUCCAACCUAUCUUACCAUUUUUAUCAGUUGGAUUAGUUUUUGUCUAAGUGCCAAAAUGAUCCCAGCACGGACAAUGCUUGGCGUCAAUUCACUUCUGGCUCUUACAUUUCACUUUGGUAAUAUCAUGCGAAAUUUGCCUCGCGUCAGUUAUGUUAAAGCGUUUGAUGUUUGGAUGCUGUCGUGCCUUUCAUUCGUAUUUUGCUCACUUCUCGAAUUAGCUAUUAUCGGUUCAAUUAAUGCUCGCAGUGAAACAGUUACUGUGAAAAAACCUCUCAAGAGACGUAGUCGGACAUCCUUGGUACACGCUAGUCGGAAAUAUUCACCGAUCACAUUUCAUAAGAAAAUUGAUAACAUCACUGCAAGAAGUAUCAGCCCAAUCGAUUUAUGGAUGAAGACAAAAGUUCUCGUGCCAUCUGAGAGUCCCAUAAUAACUCGAAGUAUUAUCGGAAUGGAUGCUACAAGAACUGCACAAGUGGCUGGACAGCCGACCGCAUAG